UGUCAGAAGGGUAUAUAUAUAUAUCUGCGCGGCCGCAGCUCGGUAUAGCGAUGGCGUCGUCCAUGAGCGGUAUGUUUCCCGGUCAGCAACCACCAAAUCCACACACCGUCCCUGGAGCGGGUGCACCAGGCCAACCCGGAUUCCCCGGUACGGCGAACCGGAGCCAGGGAAGCAACACGCUGGUGGAUGAACUGGAGGCGUCUUUUGAGGCAUGUUUCGCAUCAUUGGUAAGCCAGGACUAUGUCAAUGGCACCGACCAGGAAGAGAUCCGAACCGGUGUGGAUCAGUGCAUCCAAAAAUUCCUGGAUGUGGCCCGGCAAACAGAGUGUUUCUUCCUGCAGAAAAGGCUCCAAUUAUCUGUGCAGAAACCAGAGCAGGUGGUCAAGGAGGAUGUGUCAGAGCUUCGCAACGAGCUGCAAAGGAAAGAGAUGCUGGUUCAGAAGCACCUGUCCAAACUGCACCACUGGCAACAAGUGCUGGAGGACGUGAGCGGGCAGCAUCGCAAGCCCUCGGACCUCCCGCCCCCAGGACCGCUAGGCUUCAUAGAGCAGCCGUCGGCUAGUAUGGCCCCUGCCCCUUUAAAGCCAAACUAACCGGAAGGGAGAAGUGCUUUUACAAAGAAGCGCUCGGAUUUGGACUACUCUUGCAUGUCAAAAUGAGCUGAACGACUGCGGGAGCGAAUUAAUUAAAUCGGGCAAGCAGAGACCGCCUACAACAUGAACUGAACAUUAGCGACACAUUAUUUGGCGACUUCCAUCGAAACAAGGCGUGAAAUUAUGACUUGACUGGUUAAUCAGUUAGCAUGAAUUCACUUAACCAGUUUCCAUGAAACUAUGGACUCUCAUUUUGGUGAAGCAUGAGGAAGUCAUGUUCACUUUAACCAGCCGCGAGAGAGACAGUACGCAACACCACCACCUACUGGACUGGAGUGGAACUUAUUGACAGGCCCAUUGUGAUUUUCCAAUCAAUUACUCGAUUGCAGGGGUCCCCAAACUACAGCCCGCGGGCCGGAUACAGCCUGCCAGCAUCCAAAAUCCGGCCCAUAGGAAGUCCCAAGUUAAAAAAAAAAGUAUUAUUUUUAAAAGAAUAGGUCCUUUCCAAUCCAUUUUUACCGUGUGUUACUCUCAGGGUUUCCUAGCUGCUCAGGCAAAUCAUAUUGACUAAAAAUGCAUUUUCCCAUUGAUAACGUGACAUUAUCAGCAUGCUCUUUCAGUCAAUUUGUGUAUUUGUGUGUGUGUGUGUGUACACACACACACACAUAUACAUACAAAUACACACAUAUGUAUGUAUAUGUGGAUAUACAUACAUAUAUAUUUAUAUACGUGUGUGUGUGUAUAUAUAUAUAUAUAUAUAUAUAUAUAU